AUGACGUGCGGCGAGAAGGGAGAGGGAGAACAAGCGCGCACUCCGGAGCCUCCUUUCUCCCUCAGUUGCAACACGCAGGGACAGGGACGAGCUCUGAGCGCUCCGCAGCCGGCCGGUGUAUAUAAACAAAGGCACAUUGCGCCGGCUCGGGCUCCUGUCUCAGUCCCGGUUCUCGUACAGCAGCAGCCAGCAGGAGGAAACGCGGCUGCUCUCCUCUCCCGCUUGCCUUCUUUUCCCUCUCUCCAAUGCCUCAGGACAGCGCAUCCCUCAGGACUGAAGCUUCCCCGGAGCCUUGGGCUUUCUUCUCAGCUGCUGCGCCUCAGGACAGCGCCCGCCUGCCGCCGUUUUGAGGAGGAUAAAGCGUUUGACAAACUACAUGUAAAGACGGAACCGCCACAGCAACCGAAGCCCAGGUCGGAAGAGUCCUCUCUCGUGAGCCCCGGCUCCACACCCAACCCUGCAGAGGAGGCAUCAUCGCCAUCGCCGCCGCCGCCGCCGCCGCUUGCCCUUAGCGCACCAGCAGCCUCGGCCGCCGUCCAGCCAGCCGCCCCCACCAUUCAGCGAGCAAGCCACCCUCCAGAUAUGCCCUGCGUGCAAGCCCAGUACAGCCCUUCGCCCCCUGGCUCAAGUUAUGCAGCUCAGACCUUCGCCUAUGGCUCAGAGUACAAUCCUGAGAUCAUGAACCCCGACUACGCCAAGCUGACCAUGGAGCUGAGCAGUGCUGAGAUCAGUGCCACUGCCACCACCUCUCUGCCCAGCUUCAGCACUUUCAUGGAGGGCUAUGCUGGGGGCUAUGAGCUCAAGCCCUCCUGCCUAUACCAAAUGCAGACUGCCUCCUCUUCUUCCUCACCUUCCUCCUCUGCAAGCCAGAGGCCCCUCAUCAAGAUGGAAGACAAUCGGAUGCACAGUUACCACCCGUCACUGCCUCCUUCUGCGGAUGAAGGCAUGGCCAACACUUCCAUGUACUUCAAGCAGUCCCCACCUUCCACACCCACCACCCCUGGGUUUCCCCCCCACCAAGCCCCCUGGGACGAACCACACCCUCUCCCACCAGCACAGACCUGCAUGGCUCCUAGCCACCUGAUGGACACUGCCCCUAUGAAAACUGUGCCUGGCCGCUUUCCUCUCUUCCAUUUCAAGCACUCACCACCCCACACACCUGCUGCCGGAGCACACAUGUGCUAUGAUACCACUGCCUUGAGCCUACCCAUUGGAGCAGAGAGGCCCACCGCUAGCCAAGCUGCUAUGGAAAACCAUCCCUACGGGCUCCCGCUGUCCAAGAGAGCAGCCACCUUAGCCUUCUCACCGCUAGGCCUCAGUGCAGCCACCUCCAGUCUUCUGGGUGAGAGCAGUAGUAGCAGCAGUGGCCUCCCCUCUCCACCCAGCAGAAGUUCUUCGUCAGGAGAGGGCACUUGCGCUGUGUGCGGGGACAAUGCUGCCUGCCAGCACUAUGGGGUGCGGACAUGUGAGGGCUGCAAGGGCUUCUUCAAGAGGACAGUUCAGAAAAAUGCAAAAUAUGUUUGCCUGGCUAAUAAAAACUGCCCAGUGGAUAAGCGCCGUCGAAACAGAUGUCAAUACUGCCGAUUUCAGAAGUGUCUCAGUGUCGGCAUGGUAAAAGAAGUUGUCCGUACUGACAGUUUGAAAGGGAGAAGAGGCCGGCUGCCUUCCAAACCAAAGAGCCCUUUACAGCAAGAACCAUCUCAGCCCUCCCCACCUUCUCCUCCAGUCAGUAUGAUGAACGCUCUUGUGCGAGCUUUAUCCGAUUCUGCACCCAGGGAGCUUGAUUAUUCCAGAUACUGUUCAACGGAACAGGCUUCUGCAGGUACAGAUGCAGAACAUGUCCAACAGUUCUAUAAUCUUCUCACUGCCUCCAUUGACAUAUCCAGGGGAUGGGCAGAAAAAAUCCCAGGAUUUACAGACCUCCCAAAGGAAGAUCAGGCUCUGCUCAUAGAAUCAGCCUUUUUGGAGCUUUUUGUACUGAGAUUGUCCAUCAGAUCUGACACCGCUGAAGAUAAAUUUGUUUUCUGCAAUGGACUUGUGCUUCAUAGACUUCAGUGCCUUCGUGGAUUUGGGGAGUGGCUCGACUCGAUUAAAGACUUUUCCUUAAAUUUACAGAGCCUCAACCUUGACAUCCCAGCCUUAGCAUGCUUAUCAGCUCUAAGUAUGAUUACAGAACGACACGGAUUAAAAGAACCAAAGAAAGUGCAUGAGCUAUGCAACAAGAUCAUGAGCAGCUUGAAAGAUCACUUAGCCUUCAGCCUCCAGAGCAAAGGACAGCCUUUUGAGUCGGCAGAGUCUAAGGUACUUGGUGUCCUUGCCGACUUGCGUUCCCUCUGCACACUAGGACUGCAGCGGAUCUUUUACCUGAAAUUGGAAGAUUUGGUGCCGCCCCCUUCCAUUAUCGACAAAUUGUUCCUGGACACCUUACCAUUCUGAGGUUCAAAUUACCCCCAUGAAAGGCAACUGUCUGCCAGAGCAGCCAAAAAGAUUGGAAUUUACUGCUAACAAUGCUGCUCUCAUUUAACAAGGGAGGAAAAGCUGUUCCAUCCCUAACCAGUGGACUUUCCUAAUGCAUUUCCUUGCAAACUGAGGCCUAAACAUAACUUACAUUUCUGGAGAUGUGGAAUUGGAGGGGGGAGGGUUGACGGCAUUUUGUUUUGCUUUUUAAUUGCUAAUAUGGCACUUUUGAACGACGCUACCCCCAGCAGGAAAAAAGAAGAUAUUAAUAAGACUGUUUAAAAUGUAUUGCAUAGCACCUCAUCUUAGGUGGUGAGUAGAAAACUGUAGAUGCUGUGUGUUUGAAAACAGGAACGACAACAUUGUUCAUCUGGGUAGUAUGUAUUUUAUAGUUUAUACUUUUAGCAUACUUCCCGUACCAAGGGCACAUUAUGCAGGCACAAAUUAAAAUGUUUUCUUUUUCUCCUUCCCCCCUCCCAAUUCAUUCACUAUUUCGUAUAAAUCAGAUAUAGCAAAAUGACAAUGGCUGUUAGCUCCCAUGCUCAAGUGCAAUUUUUAAAGUGCUGUCUUACUAAGUCUUGUUUAUUAACUAUAAUUUAUUUUAAUAUGAAAAUUAAAAUAAAAGAAAUAAAAGUGAGGGGGAACGGUUUUACAAGCACUAACUUCCAGGACAAAGUUUCUCAAACUUUGGAUUGAUGUAGCAUGACUUACUGACAAGCAUAUGUGGAAGGCAAGGCACAGGGGCAAUUUGUGAUGGGAUCACAUGCUUAUUCCUUGGCUGAUUAAGUAAAUAACAAUGCAUACUAACUGAAACAGACAGGGUCGGCAACAGGCAGAGUUAGGAUUAGAACUGAAUUUAGCUGAUUUGUUAGUAAACAGACAGAAGACAGUUUGAAAGAACAGUCUUGUAAAAUAGUCUGAAUAUGGGAAUGGUUUCGUGGGCUGCAUUUUAAACAUUCCGUGUACGUAUUCCCUUUUUUUGUAUGUUUAUACUGUUGAUGCCAUAUUAAUAUGAAACAAUUUGUUGCAUAGUGUCUUUAUUUGUAUAAAUAUUUGUAUGCAUGAUAUAUUGUAAAGCUUUGCCUGUAUUUAUUGCAAUGACUGCCAGCUCAUGGGAGCCGUGUUACACAGAGUGACUAAAUAGUGUGUUCACACUGACUCAGUUAUAUAAUGAGUGUGGGUGUGGGUGUGGGUAGUCUCACACACAUACACAUGUAUGUGUGCAUUUUUAUUAACCAGUUGUAUAUAAAAUCUGUCCUUUCACAAGCAAACCUUAUCUUACUGUUUAUUUGCAGUGACUUUUAAGGCAGUACGAUUUAGCACUUUGAUAUUAAAAAUCUUGCUCAUGUUUUGCUAACUUAAAUAAUAUUUAAAUAUUUUCGUUCUUUACAAAAAAAAUUUAUAUGCACUGUAUUAAGUCAAGAAUUCAUUGGUCAUUUUGCUAAGAAAAAA